UCCCCAGAGGUUAAGGAGAGGGAGACUACACAGCCAAAUUUUGAAGUAACAUUCAUACUGGGCAAGCACUAUCCCUGACUACAUUUUUUCAGUCUGAGGGUAGAGGGGGAAGAGUGCGUGGUUGCGACCUAGGACAGCAGCUUGUGAUUGGUGGUAGAGUAGGAAAAGGAAGUUUGGCGUCAUGGUGCUGCUUGGUGUAAAACUAAGAAGACCGCUGAUCAAGGAUCUAAAAAUAUUUUCCCAGGCCGGGGGGGCUUGUCUGUGGAGCACUAACUCGCAGGAAGUUCUUGUUCAGCCCAGGGCCGGCUCUAGGCACCAGCUAAGUAAGCUGGAGCCCGGCCGGCAAGUCAGAAGGGGCGGCACUUCGGCCGUUCUUGGGGCGGCGGCGCUCCUUCGUCGGCGGCCCUUCGCUUUAUUUUUCUUCGGCGGCAGCUUUUUAAAUUUUUUCUUCUUCGCCGGCCGUUUUUUUUUUUUUUUUUGCUUUGCUGCUUGGGGCGGCAAAAAAGGUAGAGCCGCCCUGAGUUGAGCCAGCCAGCGGAUGCAGUCCAGAAGACAGUGAUGUGGGAAGAGACGAGAGGCUGGCAGAGGCUGAGGGCUGCAGGCUGGAAGCGAUGCCCACGGCUGCUGCGAGCCCUGAAGAGGCUAAAGCUAAUUAGCAAGUGGAAAAACCGGACACCAGAUCUCUCUGUCCAGCAGCGACAGGGGCCCCCCUUCUGUGCAUACCCCCACCGGGCUCCGUCCCCCUCCGUUAACCGCCCGUCCCCACGCAUCCGCGGGCACUGUCUCUCCGCCCGCCCGGCCGGGGGCGCCACCCCCACGCCCAGCCCCAGAGCUGCUUGAACCCUGGGCAUCAGCAGGCGCGCAACCGGCUUCGCUACGGACAAUGCGCAUGCGCUGCUGCAGUUAAGUGCCUGCGCACUAAGGCGAAGGGUCGGGGGAUGUAGCCCGCCCCGUCCCUGGAGCCGCUGCCUGAUAACGGGACUGCAGGGAGCUGUGCUGGAGGCAGCUGGAGGUUACCCAAGAGUGUGGAAGAUCCUGGAGAGCUUCACAAUAACGCAAGUUAUGAUGACAGGCUGGAGGUGGCUAAAGAAAUCACAAUGCUUUCUUGUUCCUGGUGAUUUGAGAGUGAACAACAUGAGCUUCUGCAGUUUCUUUCGGCCCUCACCCCACACAUGGCUGCUUACUGCUAUAUGGUUGGCUGUUUGGUGUGCCUGAUGUUGGUGCUUGCUGCAUGAUUAUGUGGGAGGGCAGAGAUUGGAGUUGAGAAUGAGAUGAGCCAAUCAUGAAGGACUAUAAGAACAUGGUAUACUUACAUCCACAAUAAGCCAUAUAUAAGCCCCGUGUAUGACACCACAGGAUGGAGGUGAAGGUGGUUUGGGAGUCCGAUAGUGACACUUAUGACACAGGUGAGGAGCAUUCAGAUGACUCCAGUCAUUCCUCUGAGCGGGUGGGUCGCAAAUCUAGUCUCCAGCUGCAGUUAGACUUAGACUAUUCUCAGCCGUGCAGUCCUGGUUGUAGCCCUGCUGGACCUUCAGGUAGGCAAGAACUCCCUGUAGAAUUGCAGUGUGAAGAUGAGGAAACCUAUGAGACCUACUACCAGAAGCAAGGUGAGACUACAACUGGGGUCUUUGUCACCUCCAACACCAACUUUGACCUGCAAUGUGAAGAUGAGGAUCUGGAGUUCUACUCCUCUGAGGAACCUCAGGGAGGAUUAAGUGAGGAUGAUGAAAACAUUAUUCUUGUUGAUGCUUUUGAUGAGGAGGACCUGGAGCCCAUCUCUGGAGAAGCUUUGCCUUAUAGGUGCAAGAAGUGUGGUGUCUCUUUCCAGGAUCUGGGUGAAUUACAAGAACACAACCAGAUCCACCUGACAGAGAAUUCAUACCGAUGCCCCAUCUGUGGCAAAGAGUUCUUCCAUGCUGCAAACUUGCGAAUGCACAAGCUCAUUCAUUCUAGUGACAGACCACACAAGUGUCCAGAGUGUGACAAGGGUUUCAUCUGUACAGCUGAUGUUUGGAGGCACCUACGCAAUGUGCACAAGAUUGAGCGCUCCAAGGGUGUUUUGGGAAAUGGUAUGGUUAGGAACCGAGGGUCAACAUUGCACCAAAACAAGCAUGGCAGUGGGGAUGCUGACCAGCAGUGUUCAGAAAAUAAAAAGCCUGUGGGAGAAGAGUCUAAACCUUACAUCUGUUCAACAUGUGGCAAAGGUUUCCGUAAACCUAAUCUGCUGUCCAGACACAAGGUGAUCCACCGACAGGACAAACCACAUAAAUGUCAAGAAUGUGGGAAGUCCUUUGUUGAGCGGCUCAAGUUGAAAAGGCACCAGCAGAUUCACUCUGGAGAGCGCCCUUUCUACUGUGAGGAAUGUGGAAGGACUUUUACACAGCUGGUGACACUACAGUGCCAUCAGCGGACCCAUACUGGAGAAAAACCCUAUUCUUGUGCGUACUGUGGUCGUCGCUUCACAGUGUCUGCCACUCUAAGGAAGCAUGAGCGCACACAUAAAGUGGACAAAUCGUAGUAUUUAGGGCUUCAUGGUUGUGGUCACUGUUGUUUGCUGUUACCUGAACGAGACCUGCUCAAGACUGCUAGAGAAACUACCCCAACCUACACACACAGGUCAGUCCACAGCCCCCUUCUCCAACGACGGCCAGCAUAACUCUAAUAUGAAAACAUUGCCUCAUGAGGAACUCCAUGAUCUCCACAAGUAGUCUUUGUUGACUGGCCCUGCACCUUCCUCUAGAGUUACAAGAGGAAAAAGCUCCAUUUCCAUUAAAUAAUGAGGUCAGCGAAGUCAAAGGAUAUAUAUAUGGAAGUGAAGUUUCUGGAAGGUACAGGGCAUUGUCAUAACUAGCUGGACUUUUCUGUGAGUGCAUCGAGUUGAGCUUUUUUCUAGGACUGAUGGGUUAAAUGGAGCCCUUCUGCAGUCCUGGACUCUGAACUGAUUGUGACUGCUCUCCAGCACUUGAUUUGGAGAUAUGUCAUUUUUUUUGCCUUUGCUAGGACUGCACAGUUCAUUUAAUCAGAGCUGGCCCAUCCGUACCUUCUCCCUGUUUGUUCUGUCGUGUUUUCUAAUGAAGUAUCUUUAUUUUGAAGAGAGGGAUCAUGUUGUUUUGUAAAAAUCCAGGACUUUAUUAAACCGGAUAAUUAAUUCA